AUGGAUUUCUGUCUCUUCCAUCCAGUCUCGUUGCUAACCUUCUGGAACCCGCACCCUGCUGCCCUGCUCACUAUCCUGUCAGUGCCUUCCGAUGCUGCUGAAGGGACAGACGUUUUUCUACUGGUCCACGAUGCUCCAGAGCACACUGUAGGUUACGCCUGGUACAGAGGGGAAAUAGUAGACCGCAGCCAUCUAAUUGUAUCCUACUCGAAUCUCUCACACACAACUAUCCACGGCCCUGCAUUCAGUGGUCGAGAGAAAAUAUACUUCAGUGGGUUCCUGCUGUUUGUGAAUGUGACUCAGGAGGACACAGGAUUCUAUACCCUACAAACCACAGCUGCUAAUUUUGAUACUGAAGCAGCAACUGGAGAGUUCCGAGUACACAAAGAGCGGACCCCAGGCCUCCUAGUGGGGGCCAUUGCUAGCUUCGUGACAGGGGUCCUGGUUGGGGUGGCCUUGGUUGCUGCUCUGAGGUGUUUCCUGGUUCACAGAAGAACUGGAAGGCUCCCCCCUCACCCUCUGCUGGCCCUGGGCUGCUGCCUCAACAGCUCCCUCCUCUGGCUGGUGUCCAGCAAGGCCUCAGAGACCCCAGAACCCCAGCAUCAAGACCUGGUGAGUGCCCCUUCAGCCUGA